CAAAAAAUGCCGGUAGGCAUAUUAUGGUGCAAUCAGUUCCAGAUUCCAGUAGUUGGAUACAACUAAAAGUGGAAGUUCUAAAACAGACUGAUUUAUAUGCAAUGGCAAGGGAAUAUCUGAGGCUACUGUCAGAAGGUGAAAGCGCACCUGAAACCUUUCUGGUUAAACCUUUAGGAAAAGGCCAUAGGAAACGCAAGAGACCUACAAACUUUGAUGAUUCAAAAGAUAGUGAAGAUAUUGAGCUGGAUGAUGAAAUUUCAGGAUUAAUGACACCACCGCCAUCGAUGGUUGUUGAACCAGUACCAAAGUCACUGAAUGCAGUGCCAAAGUCACUGAAUGCAGUAUCAAAGUCACUGAAUGCAGUGCCAAAGUCACUGAAAACAGUGCCAACGUCACUAGAGCUCAUACCAAGACCAUCAUUGGAACCCGCUUCAAUGAGAAGCAAAAUUAAUGUCCAAUUAAAUAAAAGUACCCUUAUUCGUCGAACCCUUUCUACUACUGAAGUGACGGCAGAGACUAUUAUUACCAAUUCCGUUACACCAUCGGUAGUUGAUAAUGAAAACGAAAGAGCCUCACAAAACGGGAAGUGUAAUAAUUGCUGUGGUGGUCAUAAUAUUGAAGAAUCCAAAAUCUUGAAAUCAAUUUUGAGCAAUGUAAUUGCUGUGAAAAAAAUGUUGGAAUAUCAAGAAAAAGAAAACCAAAGGACUCUAAAUAACAAUCACAAUGAAACUGUUGUGACAAAUUUUGAUUUGGUUCCGGGAAAAGCGUUCUCAAAAUUUAGAAAACUGCAAAAGUUUGAUGAAAAACUACGGACUGACGAGAACGCACGUUGUCAAAAUGAAGCUGCUUUGUUUUUACUUGGAGGUGCCACCCCAAAGGAACUGAUAAGAAGGGGCUUAAAAAAUAUUUUUUCUGAUAAAUUAGCUAUGAAGUGUAGCUGGACUGGAAGGAAGAACAAUUUUGUCUUAAGCCAGCUCAAAAUUCUGGAUAUCCUGAAGGUGGCAGUACGGAGAAAAUUUGGUGCCUUCACAGACUCUGAAUUUCAGUCAGAGCUGGGUCUCUGGUUUCGACAGGCAAAACUCAGAUUUGACAGGUUCAGACAAAAAGAAAGACAGGAUGAAAACAUUAAUGAAGAUUUACAGUAA